AUGACAGACGAGAAACAAGAACACUGCUGGAUACAACACUUCAACAUCAAAGAUUUUGGAUAUUCUGGAGGAGAAGAAGAAGCAAAGACAACGGAAGAAGACGGUGAUGACAUAUUACAGAUACCAAGUGCCAUAAAACACCAAGAACAAACAAUCAAAGAAGAGCACUGGAGUGACGAGGACACGGUCAAAGAACUGUGUAUGGUCAAUGGAGUGUCUCAUGAAUACAUUGAACUAGAAGGACCUGACAUCAGCUCUCUGGAGAUCUUCUUGUCUGGUUUCCCCCGCAUGGUUGGCUUGUCUUUCUUUCCAAACCUCUGUCAGCUCACCAUAGUGGGCCAGAAGAUUACGCGCAUUGAAGGACUUGACUGCUGUCCUCUGCUCCAGGAGCUCUGGGUCGCACAGUGCUGUCUGACAAGCAUAUCUGGAUUAGAGAAAUGUGAAGAACUAGAUAAACUCUACCUUUAUGAUAAUCAAAUUGGUGAAAUUAACAACUUAGAGUCGCUGAUCAACCUAGAAGUUCUGUGGCUCAACAAUAACCGCAUGUGUCACAUACAGGGCUUAAGCACACUUCAAAACCUCAAAGAACUAAACCUUGCUGACAACAGUAUUGAAAAGAUUGGACAUAGCCUCGACCAUAAUGUCAGCCUUGAGAAUCUCAAUCUGUCUGGGAACAAGAUCAGCUCCUUUAAGGACCUUACCCAGUUGGCCUGCUUGCCCCACCUUAAAGUACUAACAUUAAAUGACCCCACUUCAACACCAAACCCAGUGUGUCUUCUGUCUAACUAUGCCACACAUGUUCUUUAUCACAUGCCAGACCUCCAGCUGCUUGACACCUAUGACGUCUCAAGCAUGCAAAUCAAGGAAGCAGCGGAGUCCACAGUGGUGAAAAAAGUGAUGUACUACAACAUGCGUGCACGUAUUGCUCGAAGAAACUUGGCAGAGACUCAGGUGCAGCUGAUGGAGAGGAAAAAAGUUCUUCUACAGUUGCCUGAAAAGUAUAUCAGGAUCCUUAGUCAUGCCCUCAAAAAUUAUGAAUGUGAGCUCCCCAAGGUUCUGGAUAGUGUAAAGAAGUCCACUUGCAUGACGGAGGAUGAACCAAAAGGAAAAAACAACGUGCCGAAAGGUUCAUCUGAUAUCACUGUUGGUGAACCAGCCAUGGAACCAACAAUGCAGAACAAGAUGGAAGCACUAAGGAAGAGAUUGACAGACUGGAUGAGAAGACUUCAGGAAAUUGAAUCCUCUUAUGAACAGGACUUGGCUCAAGCCAAAACCAUGAUGGAUUAUACAAUCCAGUUUCUUGUGAUGGAGCUAGAAAGUGUUGGGAAUAUUCAAUUGGAAGAGGGCUGCCCCACUGACCCUUGGUUUAAUUCCUGUUGUGAUCUCCUACUUUCCAGCUUUUCCCUUUCAGACUACAGGGUUUACAGCAUCACCGGCAUUAAGAUUGAUAGAGUUAUCCGCAUUGUAAACAGGGCAUUGAGACUUCGCUUUGAAGACAAACUUCUUAGCCUGCUCGCCAGUGACGAUAGUGUUGACCUCUCACAGAAUCAAAGACAUCAGUUAGAAUACUUGUUCUACAUAGCUGACCCUGAGAAAAACAAUGAGAAGGAAGACAUUUUGAGUAUUCUAGAGGAGGGCUUCAAAACAACAGAAUAUAAGGCCCUGGGGAAAGAGGGUGCCAUAGCUUUAUCCAACAGCUUGAUUGUGACUGACCAGCCCAGAAUUGAACACACUCUGUCUAAUGCCUGCCAAUGUGAUUCUAUGCACAGUGAGGAUGCACUCCCGUUCAGGCAUGGUCAAAUCAUUAUUUCCAAAGUGUUUGUGGGACACAGCAUGUCUGUCCAAGAGAGAAAUGUUGCUGACAGGAGCAGGCAUCCCACAGUCUGCUCUGUAUAUCACAGUGUAGACUCUAAGCACAGAACUAUAAGUGAUGAGAGACGCCAGUUUUACAAAAAGCCAGUUUCACAAAAACCCUCUGAUCGCUUCACCACUCAAAAACAGUGGUUUGUCUUUGACCAUGAGUUAGUCUUGCCUGAGUACAUUGUAUAUUUUCAGUACUUAACGAAGAACCAAGAACAUAACACAGACAAAGGCGUAACUUCCGAAAACUUAACUAUAGAUGAGCAUGUCCUCAGUAUGGAACCCAAGUUGUUGAGCUUGGAAGACAAAAUUCUGACUAAUGUUGCCAGGGCCAGUGUCCUUAGUCAGAUCACCGUACUGAACCUUUAUGGGAACAGUCUGAACAAGAUUAAGAUUUCCAGCCUAAAGGCUCUGCGGCAUCUUACCAUCAGUUUCAAUGAGUUCACACACCUGGAUGACAUUUCUCUCAUGCCCAAGCUCGAGAUUUUGGAUGUGAGCUUUAACCACUUGGUGACCCUUGAGGGGCUCAGAGGGUUGAAACGGCUCAAACAGCUUGAUGUGCGCUGGAACAAGUUGACCAAAGCCAGAGCAGAUGCAGAAGUACUAAGAAUACAAACACCUGCACUUUUGAAGCUUGACACCAGAUAUAACCCCUGGCACAGACCAGAGGCGGUCAGAAUGACCAUACUGGGACAUCUAACAACUCUCACACAUCUGGAUGACAUGAUGGUAACAGAGGGUGAGGCUGCUGCUGCUGUUGACAUGGCUGCUUGGUCCAAAAUGAACCAGGCCUCUCUUCUGGCUCACUCUCGCAUCGAUGGUGAUCGGCCCCGAAGUCUCUGUAUGCUAUCGACAGCUCAGCUCCUUCUUCUUAUCAGUCCAGCACCCUGGGGGUACAGCCACGAGCUACAGCCAGACUGGGCCUCUAAAAUCACAGUCCUAAACCUUGACAGCCAGGGGAUUUCUAAGCUGAUUGACCUAAAUCAGCUGGUGAACCUGCGCUGGGCAUCCUUUAAUAACAAUGACAUAUCUAAUUUGGAGGGACUAGAGGACUGCCUGGGAUUGGAGGAACUUUCCCUCAAUAACAACAGCAUCAGCACACUCAAUGGUCUAUCAAAACUGCAGAGCCUAAAUAAACUGAGUGUUGAUAGGAAUCAACUCUCUAGUCUGGAAUCGUUGGUCCUUGAACAACUGACCAACCUUUCCUUUCUGUCUGUGGAGAACAACUUUAUCACUUCCCUGCAUGGCAUCCAAAGGGUCAAUUCUCUUCGAGAACUCUACAUUGGCAGCAACCAGAUUUCGACAUCACGAGAUAUUUUCUAUCUAAAGGCUUUGACAAACCUCAUUAUUUUGGAUUUUUAUGGGAAUCCUCUUGUGGAGAAACAAGAAAACUAUCGUUUUUAUGUGGUGUUCCACCUGCCCUCCCUGGAAGCGCUAGAUGGGACUGCAGUCAAAGAAACUGAGUGUGAAAGUGCUCAGGAUAUGUUUGGAGGAAGACUAACCUCUAACAUGGUUGCAGAGAAGCUAGAUCAUUCCAACUUCACAGACAUCACUUACCUCUCCCUUAAAUCCUGCUCCAUAAGGAGUGCAGAUUUGUCUCCAGCAGACCAAUUCAAAAGUUUACACACUAUUAGUUUAGAUCACAACAACCUCACCUCUUUCUCCGGUCUGAUUUACUUGCCAAACAUCAAAGUUCUUUAUCUGAACUACAACCACAUAGAGUCCAUUCUGCCCAGACAAAAAACUCAGGCUCAUCUGACCAAAAAACACAGCCUCUAUGGCAAUGUUCACUCCAGCGGUUAUGGUCAACACAGCAACAAGGAAAAUGUGCCUGUAGUUUGCCUGGAGCCACUGAUGAGCAGCCUGGAGGUUCUUCAUUUGGGUCACAAUGGAAUCUCCUGUUUGACCCAUCUGGAGCUCAGCAGGCUCACCAAUCUCAAAGUGCUUUACCUUCAAGAUAAUAAGAUCAACCAUGUGGAAGGAUUGCAGGGGCUUCGACAACUCAAAGAGCUUGUGUUAGACAGGAACCACAUCAAAGCUCUGUCUAAAAACUCUUUCAUAGCCCAGAAUGUCCUAGAAGAACUGCACUUAGUAGGGAACAGGAUCCGGGAGCUCAACUAUCUCUAUCCACUGACAAAGCUACGCAAGCUGUUUCUUGGCAUUAACAAGCUGCAAACCCUUUUGGAGCUUGAGAAGCUAAAAGUCCUUCAUUAUCUGACUGAACUCUCAGUAGUUGGCAACCCUGUCACACAGAGUUCUUUCUACAGACCAGAAGUAGUAUUUCAUCUGUCCCAGUUGCAGAUCUUGGAUGGAGUGAUGAUCACUCUGGAGGAAAGGACAAGAGUUGAACUUCUCAAUGAUGAUCCAUCGCUAUUUUACCAUUGCCCUGGACUUCCUACUCCUACCACGGACCUAUACCUUCCUGGGCUACUCCCCUUACUCCCUAUGAGCCCACAUCUGAAAGGAAUAAAUAUAAGCGGAGGACUGCGGAGCUUUAAGCCUGUGCACACUGAUGUCUUAAGCAAUCAACAGAAUGAUGUUACCCUCAAAUACAUUGGAACAGGAAGCGCCCUGCCAAACUCUGAUCAACAUCACAUUUUACAACCAGGAGCAAGCCAACAGUUUCCACAUGGUGGUAAACCUUCAUCUAUGUGGGAGCCAGAUGGGAUGGAGUGCAACGAUACUUUACAAUCAGCAAACAACUGA